CCUUAAUAAAACCCAUCAAAACCCUAAUUUUCAUUAUUCAUUCUAUCAUCUAAAUUUAACAAAGAAAAAAAUUCCUCCUAGUGUCUCUUGUGCUGCCACCUUUGGAGGAAGGAGAAGGGUUCGUUUGGUUUUGUGUCGAAUAGAUCUACGCUUUGGAAUUAGUAACAAUACACCAUGAAGAUAAAUAAGAAUCAAACGUAGCCCUAAGUUUCCACGAACAACCUCGCUUGCACUUCAAGGUAAGGACAGUUUGAUUCGAGGUCUCCGUUCUGUACUCCACAUUUCUGCGAAUAUGAUACACUCUAAUAGCUUCCAACAACGAUUCCUUGCUAUUAAACAUCAUACCCUUCUCAAACUCUCCCUCUUCGAUGUAUGUGGUAUCACAAGCCCAAGUCCUCCAUGAAAUGUCCUUCUCAUACUCGUCUAAAGGUGGACAGAAGGCAUAAGGUGUAGGAGGAAUGAUUGUAGGAAUGUUGCCUAGGGUCAUGUCAUUUGCUAGCGCAUCCUCAUCGACAUCCACAUCGUCCUCAGAAGGAUCGUCAAUGAGCUAAUUACUCUCAUUUCCAUCAUCCCAAGGUCCCAUCUCAGCAGUUUCUCCUAAGUUAACCAUUGAAUUAAUUGUAACUUGAUUCGUAGGGGGUUGAGAAAAAUUACAAGAUGCGAAAGAAACGACGGGAUUUACAGUUUCCUGAGUUAAUAUAGGCAUAGGGGUAGCAGUAGGAUUAGAAGCAACUACAUUCCUUAAUGAUACUUCUUCUACGUAUAACUCCAAAGAAGGAAUUUGGGUGGACUUUGAAUGCUCCCACAUAGCAUCUAUAGCCUCAUCAUCCUCAACAGGAAAGGCAAGCAAUUCUUCACUCAUGUCAUAUUUAAAGCUUAUAUUUUACGGUACUUCUAGUAGGGUCCUAACGAAUCUUAGAACAUAUAAAACGUUUAAAGUGGUUCAAAUCCAUGUUCGAAUUGCAAGCAAACAACUUACGUCUUCCCCCAACAUAAUGAACUUUGCCACUACUUUAUCGAAUACUACCAUUCCAAAACAUACUAUAGUCACGCGAAAUGAUGCCAUUUUCUACAUUAAUACAAAGAAAAUCAACAUCAACAUCAACUCAUGCCCAUACAAGUACAUUACAUUCAUUUGAUUAUAAUCUUUUUUGGUCUAAAAAUUAUUAAAAUCCAUAAUAUAACUAAGUUCAUACAUAUAUAAUACACAUAAAUUCCAAAUAAUAAAUCAAUUCAUAAGUUCAUAAUAAUAUUUCUAAUAUCAACAUCUUUCUAAUAAUAUUAUCAACAUUAAAUUCAACUAAUUCAACAACAUUACUUCAAUAAAUAACAUAAAGCUAUAAAAACAAUUAAAAAUUACCUUCAAUACUUAUGGAUAAUUAAGAAUAGUUUUGAUUUAACAACUAGUAACCUAUAUUUGAAAAAAUAAGCAAAUUUGGUCAAAACCCUAAAAAACUACAUAUACACAAAAAAAAACACAAAAAAAUUUACCUUUUAAGAAAGCUAGAGUAUCCCACACUAAUUUUGAAGUGCCAAAUUUAAAGAGGAAUGCAAGAAUUGAAGGAUUGAAUUAAUGGUUUUAGAGGAGAAUGUCGAAUGUGACGUAGGGUUUUGAGAAAUGGAAAAUUUGCGAAAAACAGAAACUGAUCUGCAUUUUUUUAGAGCAGGUCUAUUCGCAGUUACUAACUGCGAACAACUCCAAACCACAGGUUUAAAAUUUUCACAAUUAAUUUUUUAAAACUUAAUUUAUUUUAUUAAUUUUUUUUUGACUUAUGAAUUUCAAAUUUUCACAAUUAUGGGGGACUUGGGGGCAUUAGAAGGCACUUGCCCUAGGAAUAUUAAAAAAAAAAAAAAAAAAACUAAAUGCGAAUUUCUCCCUCCUCUACGUGUUUUAGAUUUCAUCCAAAACCCCAUGAGAUUGAAAUAAUACUCUCCCUUGCCAUAAAAAAAUUCCACUUUUCAUUUUUGAUGUUUAUUUGUUAUUCUCGUAAAAAUUUUUUCAUUUAUAUUAUAAAUUUUGGAUAAAAAUAAUCUUAUUCAUCUUCAUGUUAAUAUUUUAAUAAUGCUUUUGAUCUCUAUAUAUUCUCUACUAACUUCAUUUUAACAUUUUUAUAUUUUUUAUGGUUCCUAUAUGUUUCCCACUAAUUUUAUAAGAACAUUUUUUUAUUAGUUUGGUCCCCAUAUUUUUUCCACUAACUUUCUUUUAAUAUUUGUAGUCUAACUUUUUCUCUAUCAAAUUUAUUAUUCAAUUUCCAUGAACAUUUAUUACGGAAACUUUAUUAAAUGGAGGGAGUAGUAAAUAACACAAAGGCUAAGAACGUGGUGGGGACUUAAUUAAAAUUGUAUGGACAUGAUUGAAAUAGAGAAAAAAUAUGUGUGUAUAGAAAUAAAAAGAAAUGGCAGGAAAAUUAUCCAAUAUGAAAAUAUUACAAAGUAAAACGGAUGGACUAAAUAUAAAUGUUGCCAAACCAGCUAUUCUUGUGAGAGAUCGUCUCUCGAAGAGACGACCUCAAAACAAGAAGCCCGUAUUCUUAUUUCUAUUUACUUUGUAUUAAUUGGGAUUUAGCCCAUAAAUCUAAUGCGCUUCUCGGAAAUACCGUCUCUCACAACAAUUUGUGUUGACCAAUUCAUAGGGACAAAGGGAGUAAUACACUAAUUUUAAGGUUACAUAAAUAUUGUCGGGUUUGAGUUACAAUCAGUUUUGAUAAAACUUUAAAUGACAACUUACAAUUUUAAAGUUAUCAAUUAUAAAAAUAAAAUAGUUAUAUAAAUUUAUCUCAGAAUAAGACGGUUUCAUAUAAAAGUGAGAUUUUCACUCAUAUUGCAAAAGCCAAGCGGGCUGAUCAGUUUUCAUGGUCCAUGGACUAGAAAUCUAUAAGAAGCCCAAACGCUGUAUCUUAUUCUCUUCGUAGAAACUAGAAACACAUCAGCGACUCAGUGAGUCUGCCCUCGUAAGCCGCCAUAACUCUCGCCAUUUAUUCAAAGAAGAAGUUUUAAUUACACUACUGUCACUAAACAAUCCGAAGAAGCCUCAAGCAAAGUCGCCAUUACAGUCUCUAUGGAGAGUAUAUUGGAUACUGUUGAUGAAGAGUUGAGCUUUGAAGAUGGUGAUGAUGUGGAGAUGAUGGAUGUCGAAGAAGGAGAACUUGUGGACAGGUCAGUGAAUAGUGUUGACAUACAUGACAAAGAAGUAAAGGAGAAUUCACAUAAUGAUAAUCCACAGCCUGUGAAGAAUAUGACCAAGAAAAAAAAGCGGAAUAAGAAAAAGAAGAAAAAGAAUGCCAUGCCCAAAUCAGAUGUUGUUAACAUCGACAGGUUUGUAUUGAAUGUCUGUAAACGGUUGAAAGAGCCAAAAUCAUAUUUGAUGUAUACAGCUGUUGGCAUUCUGGGAGUAUCUGCCCUUGGGGACCUUAUAAAAGAGGUAGAUGCAGUCCAAGCAUGUGGAGGUCAGAAGACUGCUCGAGGCGAUAGAAAUCGAACUGGUGGAGGCAUUUUAUGGAGUAUACUCAAGUCACGUGAUUUCAAUGCAUAUAAGGAGAUAAUGAAGAAAGGAAAGGAGUUCGAGAAACAAUUUCGGCGACCUGUUAAUGUGCAGCCAUCUGGUGGUUCAGGUGCAAUCUCAAGUAAGGCUAUUUCUAGCACUCCAAAUUGUGACUCUCAGACAGAAAACCCAGCAGCAGAUGAAUUAGCAAGGCAGCCUAGCACCAUGCAGAAUCGAGGUUCCGUGCAUGAUAGGAUUAGAAUACCUGUUACAUAUGAUGACUUGCUUGGAGAGGAACCACCAAUUGAUCAAUCAUCAUUUUGAAAUCCUU